UUCAACCUAACUCCUACAACUAAAAAGCUUACUCUUUUCUUAUGAUCUUAUCCUUGAGGAUAUCCAUUAGCCCAAAAUUUUUCGUAUUUAUUUCAUUUCAACGGAGUGCUAUCAAGUAAACCACCAUGGAAGCUUGUUUUCUCUCUUCACAUUCCUUUACGAAAACCAUCGAAGUUCUUCCUUCAGUCAGAGGAAGAAUUACAAGAAAAAAUCCCAAUCAAUAUCAGUGCAGGAAAUCUGGGAAUCCAUUCUCUGUAUCAUGUUGUCAAUCUGGUUCACCAUCCUCAUCUCCUCAAGACGAGUCGAUUCCUUCUAUUAAUGCCGACUGGAGAGCAUUUAGGGCUGGACUAAUCGCCAGAGACCGAGCCCUAAAGCAAGUAGAGCCUUCUUUCAUGGUUGAUCAAGACGCCAUUAUUUCUCAGCCUAAACCAAACACAAUUGGAGACAAAUGGGCCCACACCAUCCAUGAACCCGAAAAAGGUUGCCUUUUGAUUGCCACAGAAAAGCUAAACGGGGUCCACAUUUUCGAGAAGACAGUGAUCCUUCUCUUAUCGACCGGCCCAAUAGGCCCAACUGGUGUUAUACUCAACAGGUCAUCACUCAUGUCCAUUAAGGAAAUGGGCUCAUCGGCACUCGAUGUAUCGGGUACUUUUUCCAAUAGGCCCUUAUUCUUUGGGGGUCCAUUGGAAGAAGGGCUUUUUCUUGUGACCUCGAAAGAGGGGAACGAUACGGUUGGGAAAAGUGGGGUUUUCGAUGAGGUAAUGAAAGGGUUGUACUUUGGGACAAAAGAGAGUGUGGGGUGUGCUGCUGAAAUGGUGAAAAGGGAUAUGGUACAAGUAGGGGAUUUCAAGUUUUUUGAUGGAUAUUGUGCUUGGGAAAGAGAACAGCUUAGGGAUGAGAUUAGGGCCCNAAGGUUUGGUAGUUUUCUUGAAGUAAGAAAAAGCCCAACAGUGAAUGACCAUAUGGGCCUCUCAUUUAAUGUGCCGGGAACACCUUAAUCCCUUUGAUUUGUAAAUAUUAAGAAUUAAUGUAUUUGACAGUAUUGAUUCCAUUUUAUUCUCAUUAAUUUUUUAACUC